CGGAACUGUUUUGCCAGGGAAGGAUUUGACCCGAACACAACACCACACAGGCUGGGCUGAUGCAAGUUGAAUGAGGUAGCUGUCAGCUGUGUGAGGAAAACUGUACGUGUGAAGACGAUGACGGACUGUGAGGGAGAAGGUCCUCUGGAGCUGUACGAGCAGCUGACUGCACAGGGAGACAGAGUCAGAGCUUUGAAAACUGCCAAAGCUGAGAAGGCUGAAGUCGAUGCCGCUGUCCAGUUGCUACUACAGCUGAAGGUGGACUACAAACAGGUGACAGGUCAGGAUUACAAAGCAGGCUCCCCGCCCUCAGAAAACUCCGUCGCCCCCGACAACAGGCCUGCAACAGAAGGCGCUGAUGACGAAGACACGGUCGACCCAUGGAACGUUUCCACCACCAACGCCAAGGGAGUGGAUUACGACAAACUCAUAGUGAGGUUUGGCAGCAGUAAAAUUGACCAGGAGCUCGUGGACAGAAUAGAAAAAGUCUCAGGACAGAGACCCCACCACUUUCUAAGAAGAGGAAUCUUCUUCUCACACAGAGACAUGCAUCAGGUGCUGGACGCGUACGAGAAGCAGAAGUCCUUUUACCUCUACACUGGACGAGGUCCAUCCUCAGAGGCCAUGCACGUCGGUCACCUCAUCCCCUUCAUCUUCACCAAAUGGUUGCAGGAUGUGUUUGACAUCCCCCUGGUGAUCCAGUUGACCGAUGAUGAGAAGUACCUGUGGAAGGAUCUAUCACUAGAGGAGUGCCAACGCUUCGCUGUGGAGAAUGCCAAAGACAUCAUCGCAUGUGGCUUUGACGUCAACAAGACCUUUAUCUUCUCUGACCUCGGCUACAUGGGUGCAUGUCCUGAAUUCUACAGGAACGUUGUAAAGGUUCAGAAGCAUGUGACAUUUAACCAGGUCAAAGGCAUCUUUGGCUUUACAGACAGUGACUGCAUCGGAAAGAUCAGCUUCCCAGCCAUCCAAGCCGCCCCGUCCUUCAGUAGCUCGUUCCCAAAGAUCUUUGGAAGUAGAAAGGACGUCCAGUGUCUCAUCCCCUGUGCCAUAGACCAGGACCCGUACUUCAGAAUGACCCGCGAUGUAGCUCCAAGAAUCGGUUAUCUCAAACCGGCGCUGCUGCACUCCACCUUCUUCCCGGCGCUGCAGGGCGCGCAGACAAAGAUGAGCGCCAGCGAUGCCAACUCCUCCAUCUUCCUCACUGACACUCCUAAACAAAUCAAAAACAAGAUCAACAAACAUGCAUUCUCUGGAGGAAAGGACACAGUGGAAGAGCACAGGAAGUACGGAGGAAACCCAGACGUUGACGUUUCCUUCAUGUACUUGACCUUCUUCUUAGAGGACGAUGAACAACUGGAGAAGAUCAAACAGGACUAUGCAAGUGGAGCUCUGCUAACUGGUGAACUGAAGAAGAUUUUGACUGAACUCCUGCAGCCAAUGAUUUCCCAGCACCAAGAGCAACGCAAACAAGUCACAGAGGAGACAGUCCAGCAGUUUAUGACACCCAGGCCUUUAAAUUUUAACUUGUAGCCCAACUGAGCAGCUUAGAUGUCACGGGUAAUUACUUCACUUAUUUCAGUCCAACAACAAAACCAUUGUUCCAGCUUUUUCCAUUUCAAAUGUUGUGAUUUGUAAAAUGAAGAAGGACAUUUUACGAAAUAGUUAUAGCAUCAGGGAUGGAGACAAAUGUCAAAUGUAAAUGUACAAAGCAAUGAUGUACUUAUCUGAUGAACUAAGCCCACGCCUUCAUGCUAACCAUCAUGCUACUUGUUAGCAUCAUGCUUCACCAAAUGUACACAUGUAUCUUCAUGAAGUGUUUGUGUUUUGCAGCACUGCUGCAACGUCACAUGGGUCCUGCUCCUCAGCCUGAACUCAUUUCAGGUUCAAUAAAGCGAAAUAAAAAUGUA